AUGGACUGGUUCUCCUGGUUAUCCAGGACCAGCCUAGAACCAUCCCUCAUCUAUGAAUAUGGCCUUGCCUUUGCACGCAAUGAGCUUCAAUUAGAAGAUGCCAGCUACUUUAACCAUGAGUUUCUUCAGAGCAUGGGCAUUUCAAUUGCCAAACACAGGCUAGAAAUUCUCAAGCUUGUCAAGAAGGAAGAUGAAGCAGUGAUAAACACAAAAAAGCUUUCUGGGGUUAUCAAGAAGUGCCUGAGGAAGUGUUUCAGCAAGCUUGUUUUUUCUCAAGAAGAGGAAGUAAAGGAGAUUCCACCAGAGCCACAUUGGCACCAAGGGAAUAAAUGGAGAAGGGCAUUGAUGACAAGGCAUGAGGAACUCAAAGGAGAAAAGGGCAUGCAGAGAAGCAGAACCAUAGCACUUUCAGGGCCUUUGGAUGGAAGAAUAAUGCAUGAUCACAAGAUGAUGAAUAAUAACAAGGCAUUGAAGUUGUCUGGUCCUCUUGAUGGAAAAAUGAAUGAGAGAGUGAUGUACUCAAAUAGAAGUCCAAUAGUAAGUAGGGGUCUUGAUGGAAGGUUCAUGGGCACAGCAAAGAGUCCAAGACUUUCUGGGCCAGUUGAUGCAAGAUCAAUGGUUAAUAAUAGAAGUCCAAGGAUACCUAGGCCUUUUUCUGAUGAAAGGGUUGAGAGUCCAAUUGGUUAUAAUAGUCCUUACAACAAGAUAAGAGCUGAUCCUGAUUAUGAUGAUGAGUAUGCACUUUGGCCUACAUUGUUUGAAGAUCUUAAACCAACUUGA